CGUGCUUCCGGACCACGCUGCCUGUGGACGGAUGGACAGACAGGCCGACGUUGUGGAGAAGCUUUUUAACGAGACGGCUCUGCAGAGACCCGCAACCUGAAUCAAAGCUAAGAACGUAACAUGAAGUAAAACGAAACAAAUAUAUUGCCUUAAAACUAGGUGCAAUUCCACUUAUGCUUGUGUAUAUAGCAUGAUCAUAGUUACCACUAAUUCAUCGCUGCUGGGAAACUACUAUCGGCGUUGCUUCGUAUAUGUGAAAUAUAAUUUGAAUUUCGAAUAGGAAAAAAGGUUAUGGAUAUUUACGAUCAGCGAAAAUCACAGCUAAGAUAGUGAAACGUGCAAUAAGCAAAAUACGAUAAGUCCAAUGGGCUAAUCUCAACCAACAGAUAAAUCGUCAACAAAAGCCAAUCAUAACGAGCGGAGAAAGAAAUAAAUAACGAAGAAAAUAUAAUAGUUACGUAAAUCGUUAAGUAACGAACGCACUGUCGAACAACGAACAAACAUCGGAUGCGUCCACGGUUUCGUACCGUAAAGCGUUCGGUGUCAUCAAUACGCGAUUCGAUACCGGAUACCCCAGUGGCAUCGCGCUUGGAUCGUGCUAGUACGUGAGUGAGGGUGUUGGCUUCUGUUGUAUCUGUGUGCAUUUUCUAUGCUGUUCUUCAGUCUUCUUCCUCUGUAUUAAUUCUAUUAGUGGGUUUGAAUAAAUGCAUCGGUCCGCUUGUGUAUCUUCGAAGGAGAGAAUCCGUCUGUGCACUAAAUCUCGCUUCGUAAAACAGAGGAUUAUCGUAAUCGUGUGCAGGAUCAUCACGUCGAAUUGGUUCGUCCACGCCGCAGCAACAAUAGCGAUUAGUGCAGUUUCUGUAGUACCUGUUCACAUCUAAAAUUGCAAUAGGAACCUCAUAGAGUGCGUGCUGGCUAGACCACUACUGUUACGGUAGGUAACCGUUACGGAUAGGGCAGAAACUCACAGUAAGCAACAUUUUCGCUCUGUGAGAAUACUGCAGCCCCAAGUGAACCAAGACACAUCUGCUGCUAAUACAACUAUUGUACUGCAGUAUCUCAUGGUUGGCUAUAUUACGGGCCGUAGUCUGUCCCAUAUAGCUGAGGUGCUGUUUGCGGCGUUUGCUAGUUAAAGAAUGUCACGAAUUGGAAUUUUUUAUUCAUACUCCUCAUCAUUACUGUAGGGAAUAGUUACGAACCGUUCAUUUCCCUAUCGUCUGCCAAACUGACUGCUCAGCAAGCGUCUAGAUAGAUGAUCGCCCUUUCAUGAAACGCUACGCUAAAGCCUAUCAUAGCAGCAUGGUACAGGCGAGAUGAGCACGUUCGACAUGCUAGUCAUUGUCGCCGCAGGCGGCUGCGCAGUCGUCAAGGACCUAGCAGUCGAAAGCUGGCAGUGGAACUGCAGCCGUAAGUGAGGCAAGGUGCAGCUGUAUGCCUGCAGCUGUCCUUUUUACGCCUAUCUCCUGUCUGCCCUCGAUGACUCGUUGGGUAAACGACGGAAUCCUGUUGCGUGCCAUCCUUUUGGCGGCGACAAGUUGUCUACCACAUGGUUUUGUGCAGGCGACACGAGAAGGCACAGGUGGAGGUGCCGGUGUGGGCGCUCACAACGGGGCAAAAUUGCCCCUUCGCACCGAGGCAUGGGAGCGUCAAGAGCCGAGAGGAUCGUUGCUAAGGUCUGGUCACCGGAGCAGGACGCAUCAUGGCGUACAGACAUCGUUGUAUCAUCGGCUGCCAAUCGAAGUGCCAAUUGAAGUGCUUCAUUCAGUGCAUUCCCACCCACCACUUGUUAACGAGUUGGAUACGAUUCACUUCGGCGAUGAAAAUAGUCAAAGUGAACUGUUUGAUGAGAUGAUCGCUGUACCCCCGGAACAGACGCCAGCUGACCCGGAAAAGCCAUUUGCGUCGAUCGUCUACACGGCCGUUGUUCGCGGUCGUGUCGCUCUGCCCUGCAACAUUAUCCCGCCUAAUCGCGACGACGAGGUCGCCCUUGUUCUCUGGUAUAAGGAUAACAUACCAGCGCCAAUCUUCACUAUCGAUGCAAGGGAAACCCGCGAGUUGGAGUCGGCUCGGCAGACGGCCAUCGAAGAUUUGACUAAACGAGCUGUCUUCAAUAUGGCUAAUAAGCCUGCGUUCCUCCAACUCGAUCCUGUAACAGAAGCAGAUGGUGGUGAAUAUCGAUGUCGAGUAGAUUUCAAGCGGGCGCGCUCGAUUAACACCGUUAUUAAUCUUCGAGUUAUCGUGCCCCCGGGUGAGCCCAUCAUCGUUACAGAGGAAGGCAAACCACUUCGGGGUCUGAUUGGCCCGUUUAACGAAGGCGACCCGCUAACACUGGCGUGCCGAGCUGACAUCGGCAAGCCGCGUCCAACUCUUAAGUGGCUCCAGGAGGGAAGUGUGAUUGAUGAUUCGUUUUCAUUUGAUCACGUAGAAGAACGCAACAAUAUUGUGCGUAACUCGCUCGAGAUACCAAAACUUACUCGGGCCCAUCUCCUUGCAGUGCUUUCGUGUCAAGCGGCCAACAACAAUAUUACGGCGCCGUCGCAAACAUCCGUUACACUCGACAUCAAUCUAAAACCCCUUGAUAUUAACAUUCAGCCACCCGAGAAGACGUUAUCAGCUGGUAACACAGUGGAAUUAGUUUGCACGUCGAGCGGCUCGCGACCCCCCGCAGUUCUUUCGUGGUGGAAAGGUGAUGAACAAGUAAAGGCCACCAAGGAGGACUUUGCCAAAGGAGGCUUGAGCACGAGCACGUCCGUCUUUGUUCUUGUCCCGAAGGCGGAUGAUGACGGCAAAAUGAUCGCGUGCCGCGCGGACAAUCCGGCCAUCAGCGGGAGUGCUCUAGAGCGCAGCUGGACCCUCGACGUUCAUUACAAACCCCGUAUUAGCCUAGUUUUAGGCGCCAACCUAAGGGAAAGCGAUAUUCAGGAAGGUCGAGAUGUCUACCUCGAGUGCAAAAUCAGAGCAAACCCUCGUGCUUCUGAGGUUACCUGGGAACUCGAAGGAACCGAAUUGCAAACAGAUAAGAACAAGGGUAUCAUUGUGAGCAGUUCAUCGUUGGUCCUUCAGUCGAUACAGAGAUUUCAGAGAGGAUGGUAUACAUGUUCUGCCAGUAACCGGGAAGGCGCUACAAUAAGUAACCGGCUUCAACUAAAAGUUAAAUACGCACCCCGAUGUCGCGAGCAGCAGCGCAGGGUUUACGGUGUCGAUCUGCAUGAGACGACACAGAUCCGAUGUGAUCUAGAUGCUGACCCUGAUUCGGAGAUCGAAUACACCUGGGCGUUCAACAACUCGCAAGGAAAACGGGCCGAAUUAAACCCACUGAACUCGACGCCACACCGAUCAUCGAGGUCGAUCCUCAACUACAAACCUAUCACGGAACAGGACUACGGUGAGUUGCUAUGCUACGGAAGUAAUGCGGUGGGUCAUCAACUUGUGCCAUGCGUCUAUCACAUUGUGGCUGCCGGCAGUCCUGAUCCGCCGGAGAACUGUACACAGGUUAACGCAACGGAAAACGGCUUCACGGUCGAGUGUGUCUGGCCGGAUACGGCAUGGAAUGGUGGCGUCACUUUAGCUCAGCUUUCGUUUCUUGCCGAAGUUAUCAACGAAGACACACAUGUACACGUGUUUAAUGUAACUACAGAACCUGGUUUACUACCGCCCACGAUCGUCAUCCGGGACUUGGAGAUGGCUGAAAACAAUCAGGCCGGUUUUCGGGUGCAGAUCUAUGCGCGAAAUCAUAAGGGCCAUCGAAGCAAUCCUGUCGUGAUGAUAGCUCAUGUGCUGAAUGCCUCGAAGUAUCAAACGCAUCCUCCAGGUCGUCUUGGUCUCGUAGUAAUACGGCCAGUUAUAGGAGUCGCACUCGGUCUCGUUUUCACUGCGGUUUUUGUCGGCCUCGUAGGAUUCACCGUGAUUAAAUGCAAACGCUACCAAGAAGAACAUAAAGUUUCCACACAGCAACAACAACAGGAUCAACAUAAGGACAAUACUAAAAAAAAGUCGGUGACGCAGCUCAAAGCCGAUGCAAGCUCCGUUGGGGGUCUCGGCCCCUUGGGAAACGCUGGUGACCUAAAUUGUUCGGAUUCGCUGUUUGACCUCAACCGCGCACCAGACAUCAUCCAACAACAGCCGGCCAAUACAGGACAUCGAGGCCUGGCCGGCGACACGAUGGACUUGAAGCAGCUCGGCAAGAUAAAAAGCGCUGAGCAUCCUCGUCAAGUCAUCUCUACGAACAGUCCAGAUUUUACAACUCAUGAGGAUGGCGAAUGUGGCUUAUUCUACACUACCUCGACGGGAGGUCUCAUAGGGGGUGGCGUGAAAAGAGGGGCAGCUAGUGCUCAUUCCACGGAGCUAUCCCUCACCGAUCCAGUCGUUAGUCCGGGGUACGGAGGAUUCUCAGUUGGUGGAGCUGGGGACCUGAGUCACGAGUCCGCCGCCGAACUGCUUGCAGAUACCUGUGGUACUUUACGAAGAAGCGGCAAUGGAACCAGCCACAACCAGCAUAGCAACAAUACCAGCAGUAGAGCCCACAGGAUCCCACAGUCCGCGGUUGAUCUCUACGCCACACUCCGAACUCAACAGCGUUCUCAGCGUAAGCCUGGCUUGCUGCAACUCAGCAAUGUUGAGGAGAUCUGUAGUUUGACCAAUGGCAGCUUGGGGGGAGCUCCACGUUUACUCCCUGGCGGCGGCGGCGGCGGCGGCUUUGGCGGAGUAGGGCAUGGCGUGCACAGUGACCCGCCGCCUCCACCAUCGAAUUCGAGUCUACUCGAUCAACAUUUUCGGCACGUGAAAACAGGCCUCACCAGCGGUGCGAUAGUUAGUCCUACUUCGCAUAGCCGUCAGAUUUCUUCUUAUCAACAGCAGCAAACACAGCCGCAUCCGGAGCAACAUCAACAGCAACUCCAUCAUCAUUCGACAUUGAUAAGCGCGCCGCCCUCAAGCGGGGCUCAAGCGAAGUCAACACCCGGGUCUAUGUCCAGCGUACCCGGAAUGACGUCCAUGAUUUCACCGAUGAUCUCGCCGUCCUCUGUUGGAAUCGGUGUUGGCCUCAAUGGUGGCAUCAACAGUAGUAACUCAACAGUUAGCUCCGUUACUCUGGCGUUAUCGUCCACGACAUCGGGAACGGAUGUGGUCCCCCCACUGUCCCAGCAACAACCUGGGGAUGAAAUUUCAUUUUUAAGCACGCUGCAAAAACGCAAGCGGGUGGCACAACAACAGCAUCAAUCGAAUAACCAGACAUCGACAUCAUUGUUACAGCUGCAAGAGGAUAACGCCGUCUCGGCGACGGCGGCGGCGGCGGCAGCAGCAGCAGCGGCAGCUGUUGGAACGGUAGGAACUUACAACUCCUCGCGGGAAAGUUGUGUGUGAUUAACAAAUUCUCUUUUCGUGAGUUGGUGCGUGUGUGAAUGCGUGUAUGGUUGUGUGUUUGCGUGCGCGUGUGUGUGUGUGUGUGUAUUGUAAAAUAAAAAGUGAAUCGGAUGAGGAUGUAAACUAUGCUGAAGAACGCGAUCACGCUUAAGGGGAAAAAGUGGAUAGUGAAAAAAAUUUAUAAAAUUAAAUCUAUCUAGCAAACGUCGAGGAAUACAAAGGACGAUGUAAAGGCGUUGAGAUCGAAGCAGUUACAAAUCGAAAAUCAGCAGGUGAAUAGUGAUGAAGAAACUGAAAAUGAUGAGAAAAUUAAAUUGAAGCAGAGUGGUAUGUAUAAGGUAGGCACCCGAAUUGAGCUAAGGGUGAGUAUAUAGUUUUGCGGAAAUGAAGCUCGAUUAGGCAAAUAUAGAAUAAAGCAAGAGAAAAAUGGAUACGACGCGAAGGCUAACAGUUGAAACGAUGGUGGAACAAGAGGCAAGGUGGUAGUCAAAGCAAGUCAAAUUCAACAGAAAAAGACGGAAAGGCAAGCGAUUAUUUUCAUUUUUUUGAGAAAUUUUUAAUAACAGACGAGAGUCAAAAGCGAAUCGUGUGUCAAAAUCACCCGACAACUGUGCAUAAACCAACAGUAUAAUUAACUUAGGUAUGCAUGAAAAUUUGGGCCGCCAUAUUUCGUCGAGUAUGCUUGCUAAUAUAUAUUAAUUGGUAUAAUAAUAUAAUUAUAAUUAAGACACGACUAAAAGGAUGAUGCUAAUCAAUAGUAACAUAUUAGCUCACAAAUUCGGUAAGACUUCUUCCCGGUCAGAUAUGUAUUGAAAUCGCAGUAUUAAAUAAAAUUGAAUAUUACGUAGAAGUCACUAACAACUAUGCGACAUAACAAAUGCCGACAAGAGCGUAUGCACACUAUUGCUAGAUAAGAAAAAAUUCCUAUCUAAAAUAAAUCGUUUUUUCAAAAUUACUGGGCCAUCGACGGAAAUGAAAAGUAUAACACGACACAGACAGCCAGGUACGUAGAGGUCUACAGCAAUUGCUAAUGUAAUAAGUGCAUGAAAAUCCAGGAAAAAGUACAUAGCAGACGAACACCGAAGCGAUAAAGGAUUUACUCUUGCGAAUCUGCGCGUAGAAUGGCGGGACGGAAAGGGAAUAAUCCAGCCGAGAGCUGGCAAAUGGAAUGUCGUAAUCCGUGUGAGUACUAAGGUAGCUUAGAAUAGGUAAAGAGAAAUGAUAGACCCGAUAUACUGAGGCGUGCUGAGCGUGUAUCCUGUAUGCAGGGUUCAUGCUUCACCUUGGAGGAGAGCACAACAAAGAAAUGGACUAGAGUAAAAUUAAUGUGUACAUAUAAUCAGAAUAUAUUGUAUCUUCUUGCGAUAAUGUGUAUAAUUGUAUUUUGAAAACUCUUUGUAUAAAAAAAAAACGAAAAAGAAAAAAAAAGCAAAAUUGGCGGCAAAAAAAAUUUAAAAAGAUGAGAGAGGAACAGAGGGAAGACAAAAAAAAGAAUGCAAAAUAGCAAAGGCGGAAAUGGUGACAAAAUCUAGACUGAUAAAGAUGACUGUGUUGAGAAGCUGUAUGCGAAAAAAUUGAUUAGAAGCGCGCACUGUUAAACAGGUCAGAUAAUGGUGUUUGGCCAAAUCAUGGAUGGAGUGGAAGUUGUCGGAUAGACAACUCAAGGACAAGAGAAAUUGAGCACUUGGCCUGAAAGACAACGCUAGUGACACAAAUAACAUAAACAUAAAUCAACAUGACACGAAAUAAAAUACGGAAAUAGAUUGUAGCCGUGUGUUAAUUAUGUUUUUCUAUUCUUCAUUGAAUUAAAUACGAUCACAAUCGAUUAAAGUGAAGUCGAAUCGAACGGAAUUAAUAAAAUGGU